CUUUUUAAUGGUGACCUGUUCACAUGACCCGGGAGCAAGAUUAAUUCUUCCAGUGAUUCCCUCCUAUAAAAGAGACUCACUUAUAUCCGUCUCAGUGGCAUUCUUUGGUUCCCUUCUCUUUUACUGGUGCUUCCAGAAUCCAUUUGUGGCCUCCUCUCCUCCCACAAAAUGUUCGCCCAGAAACAAUUAGUUGGAUUGAUGUUUAUGUGUGUCUGUCUCUCAUUGAUUACUCAUGCUUACCCAUGCGGAACGAAUCCGCUCCAAGUCGUUCAAAAAAUAGCCGAUGCCAAAGGUGUGACCUACAAACAAUUACUGUCCAACUUAGAAUUCCGAAGACAAGUAAACUAUCUGUAUAAGAAAUAUGCCAGAUGUGUUGGAAUUGUUGAAACAGGUACUUACAAGCGUUCAAUGGAGCCCCAGUUGUUGCAAAGCAGUGAGAGUUCGAUGAUGGAUCCAAGUAAUUACCAAGACCACGGAGACAUAUACCGACGAUCUGACAGUUUUUACAAGAGAGCUUCAUUACUGAAACGUCAAGACACAAACAAUCCGGGACAACCUUUCUACUUCUACAAAUGAACUAGGUCGUACUUCUGCCUUAAAUCUAACUAGUUUCCAAGGUAACAAGCCGGAUGAUGAUGUCACUUCCGGAGGAAGUUCAUUAAUCAUCCUCCUGUCCAACAACCAUUCCUCGUUUAACAAGAAACUUUAAAAUCGAUUUACAAAACAUCUGUAGGACUUCUUUUGUCAGAAAUUUCACGGAAAAAUAAAAACCAAGUUGGAAAGUUA